AUGUCGACAACAACCACCACCACCACAAAAAAACCGCUUCCCUUUCUGUACCAGUUUGCGGCUGGUGGUAUAGCUGGUGUCAGUGAAAUUCUUGUUUUGUAUCCUCUCGAUGUCGUAAAGACGCGAUUUCAACUACAAGUUACUGGUGUUGGUGAACAUUAUACUUCGGUGUUGGACUGUUUCAAAAAAAUAAUUAAAAGUGAAGGCUUUGGUAGACUCUAUCGAGGAAUACUUCCUCCUAUUCUAGUCGAAGCGCCGAAACGCGCCAUAAAAUUUUCCGCAAAUGAACAAUACUCGAGUAUACUAAAAAACAUCUAUAACACAAAUAAAAUGUCACAAGGAAUGUCAAUAAUGGGAGGCAUUGGCGCUGGAUGCACCGAAGCUGUCGUCAUUGUACCUUUUGAAUUAGUGAAAAUUCGGCUUCAAGAUAGAAAUAACACGGGAAAAUAUAACGGUACUUUUGAUGCACUAACCAAAAUUGUCAAACAAGAAGGACCUUUGGCCCUUUUUAACGGGCUUGAAGCAACUAUAUGGCGUCAUGCUACAUGGAAUGGUGGCUAUUUUGGAACAAAACGAAAAGAACUGCGAAAUAAUUUUAUUGCUGGAGGAAUCGGUGGCACCGUUGGCACUAUACUUAAUACACCGUAUGAUGUAGUUAAAACACGAGUCCAAAACGAUUCUGGAAUUCCGAGAAAGUACAAUUGGGCAUUACCGGCUAUUAAAACUGUUGCUCAAGAAGAAGGAAUCGGUGCACUCUAUAAAGGAUUCGUUCCAAAAGUUUUACGUCUCGGUCCUGGUGGUGGUAUUUUAUUGGUCGUUUUCGAUCAGGUUACCAACUGGAUGCAGAAAUAUUUGGCUUAA